AUGUCGUUCUCUUAUGGAAUCGUUGUGCUUGUAUUAGGCAGCAUUUGCCAGUGUUCAGCAGAGUUGCCUACAGAAGAUUUCUUUAACCUGACAUUUACAGCAUGUCCUCCAAUUUGUGUGAAUAAAUGUUUCAAAGAUCCAACCAAACUUACUGAUUUUAACGUCAGACUAUGUCAGUGCGAUCCGGACUGUAUUUUAUUUGGAGACUGUUGCAUAAGCUUCUACACUUUUUGUUUUAUUUUCCGACACCCGAGUGACAACAUUGAGUUUAUCAAGUCGAAAAGAGAUAGGGAAAAACAAACCGAAGAGGAAAAGAAAAUAUCUGAUUUUAAGAACAAGGCACAAUGUGAAGGUUUCAUUUUGUCGGACCAUUCUGCAGUUAAUCUUUUGGCUAUCGCAAAUUGCCCAACUGAAUACCCCGAGGGUGACAUCAAAGAUAAGUGUACUGGAAAUAAAACAGCUUUCCCCCUUGACAUACCAGUAUCGAUUCCAGCGUUGUCAUAUUGGUUGUUUAAAAACGUUUACUGUGCUCUCUGUAAUAAUUUCACUUUAAACGACGUGUUAUACUGGAAGACAGAAAUACAGUGCUAUAUUCGUCUUUAUGAUGACAUAAUAACCGUAGAACAAUUCACAGAUUACAAACCAGCUGUCCCUUGUAAGACCAUGGUGACUUUACCAGAUGAUAGCAUCAAAGUAAGGGUUUGUAAUCCGGACCUUAAACCAAGAAAUACAGAAAUAGCACAAGAUCUACAAAAUUCCUCGCGACACGAGAACACAGCAACUAUGCCUACAUCUCAAAACAGUAAUGAAUCAAUGAGCUAUACAAACCAAGGGGAAAAUCAAAACUUCACUCAAAACGGCAACAUUUCUUUACCAAAUCAAGAUUCAGAAGAAUUGAAGAACACUGUGUCAACACCACUACCCUUCCUGCCAUUUGGCUUACCCAAUAUAUCCAUUGACGCCCUAACCCAAGCCAACUUGGAUGUGCUAUGUAACGCAUAUAUGUAUGAAUAUACUUCCCGUGAAAAUGGUAGUGUUACGAAGUAUUUUAACCCUCAUUGUAGAGCAUUUGAAGUUGGCUGGCAAAAUUUUGAUCGCAAUGAACGUAUACAAUGUGAACUUACUGCUGGAGGUGUUUUUAAUCGGGUUCCCUUGGGCUCACGUCUGGUGCGUUUCCAGUUCGGAAUAUUUGGGAAAUAUAUUUAUUUCUAUUCAAUGGAGUCCAAGUCCUUGUUAACAAACUCUUAUCCGAAAUGCAGCGCUGAAAAAUACUUUGAGUUUGUAACAAAGUCGUGUGAAUUAUUUUCAUGUGCGCAGAAUUAUUCUGCAUAUUAUCUGAACUGUAUGCCAACUUUUCUAUUAAUAAAUGACACUACAUUCAGACAUAAUCCGAUGCAGUCUACACUUUAUGCUAAAACCAAUGUUGUGUUAACAACGAGCGAUGUAAAAACGUUCCAACAAGCGACUGACUAUGUCUUGGACGCUUUUGCUGAUUCUGGCUUGAACGUUUAUCGACCAGAGAAUAUCUAUCAUUCUACUAUUUUACCCUUAGAUAUUCAUAUAGAUUCAUUGGAAAUUGUGAGAUUGGCCACACUUACCUACCCAGAAAUGGGAAGUGUAGAAUUUGUUCCAGGCCUAUUGAAAGCAGAUUUAGUAAUACCAGUUUUAUUCAACGAUUUUAACCAAACGAUAUCUAAUCUGAGAGAGGGCUCAUUGACGGACAGCACGCUCGUUUCAAAUUACCCAGAUGACAGAAAUCUAGUUUGUUAUCAUGGUAGUAGGGUGACAUACCAAAAUCUGGACCUGAAUGUGCUGCAAAAGAGAGCAUUUGUUGAAAUCGAUGGUAUCUUAGUUGAUUUGGUUGAAACAAUGUUUACGUUGCGCAUUACUCGUCUAAACCCUAUUCAUGUCGUGACAGUGACAGUUUGUCGAUCAUUGCUGUUAUCCAGUAAUACUCAAGGGCAAUUCGUUCCAAAGCCGAAUGAACAAUGUGAUAAUUUAACAUCUCAGCUUAGCCAAUUUUCACUUACAAAUGGGAGUUUGAAACUUUCAGAUAAGAUUAUCAUCCCAAAUGGCGAUUUUUUCAUAAAAGGUGAUAAGGUAGAUAUAUGUUCCCGAGCCUUAAAAGGAAAUACUCUGUUGGCUGAUUAUAGAUCACUGAGAGCCAUAUUCAAAAACGUUGCAUCAGCGACAUCCAUGCUAUUGAAGAUUUUAGCAUUUAUUAUAAGUUUGAUAUCUCGAGAUGAUAACCCUGGAACUGUCUACUUCCAAUCAUUGGGAAUGACAUGCACAUUGAUUGACUUCAUCCAUUUGUUGGACAGCCUCUCAUUUCACAACUCUGACGAAGUAUUGGCCGUGUUCUUGCAUCUGGCAUGGUUGUUGGUGGCUUACAGUUUUUGUGCUUGGUGCAUAAACAUGGUAUGUUGCAACUCAAAGCGCACAUUGAAAUGUUUAAGUCGUCACUUCUUCAUAUCGUUCGCUGCGCCGGUAAUGACUAUUCUAUUGUGCGCCACGGGAGAUAUUAAUACUCCGCCGUGGAAUAUCGGUUAUGGAUCGACCGGCAAAAUAUUUUCUGCCCAGUUGAAAGUCGUUCUAUAUAGUUAUAUUAUACCAUUUGCUAUAGGAAUAACAUGUGUCUUGAUGUGCCAUAUUUAUCGUCUUGCAAGAAGAAAAAGCUAUAAAAAGAACAAGUCGUUCUAUUCUCGCCACAUAUUGGUAACUAGCGUACUAACACUUCAGUUUGGCUUUGGUUGCUCAGAAGCGUUAUCUGAAUUGUCCGUCUAUUACUUUCUCUACUUUUCGUCAUCUGUAUUGGUUGCUUGGUCAUUUCUUUUAAUUGCGUGUCACGGAUUGAGAAAGCCGAAGUCCAGAUUAUCCAAUCCGUCACGUUAUCUACAAUCAACAAACAAUAAUCCACAUUCCGAACCCAUACAAUCUAAACCACAAGAAUAA